AUGCAGUAACCAGCCCAACGGGUAGCCUCUGGUUAAUUGUAAUGCGGAAAGGAGGGGGGCACUUGGCACCGGCGCUCCUUCUGUGCGUAAAGACGUCUGAUGCUUGGCGAGACGCAGAUUCGGGCUCACCGGCGCGCUAACGCCCACAUCCCCAAGCCGACUCUGCUUUCUUUAGGUGAAUGAAAGUUUGCUAGGAGGGGGACGGCAGAAGAAUGAUAUCUGACCAGGAUGAGUCGGAAAGGUGAAGUUAAAUAAGCAAAGAGCGCGUCAACCACCUGUUAUAAAUCAGCGCGAAAUGGGCAUGCUUAGUGUGGCUCUGGUAACUUUGCAGAUUUUGCCUGGCUUCUUUCUCACCAACUGCCUGUUUUUUUUCGUGCUGUAUGACUCGAUAGUGCUGGUUAAGCGUGUGGUGUCCCUCCUGAGCUGCUCGGGCUCCACGGUGAGGCAGCGCAUGUUAACCUCAGCCGGCGUGCGCUCCAUAUGGAACAGCUUUCUUCUGGAUGCCUACAAACAGGUGAAGUUGGGCGAAGCUGCUCCAAACUCUAAGGUGGUGAAGGUCCCUGGCAUCAAUAGAUGCUGGAGCAUCAGCGGUAAGACCCACCAGUGCCACCUGCUGGACUUUGAGUCUCCUGACCGCCCGAUAGUGGUCAACUUCGGCUCGGCCACUUGACCCCCCUUUAUAAGCCAGCUGCCGGUCUUCCGGCGGAUGGUUGAGGAAUUUUCGCAUGUGGCAGAUUUCCUGCUGGUCUACAUCGAUGAGGCUCACCCUUCAGAUGGCUGGGUGGGUCCUCCCAUGGAGAACUUUUCGUUUGAAGUGCAGGAAACACCGAAAUCUGGAGGGAGGGUGUUUGCCGCCAGGACACUUCUGGAGCAUUUCUCUUUGCCUCCUCAGUGCCAGUUGGUGGCCGAUUGCAUGGACAAUAAUGCCAACAUAGCCUACGGUGUGUCCUACGAGAGGGUCUGCAUCGUGCAGAAGAAUAAAAUCGCUUACCUUGGGGGUAAGGGUCCAUUUUUCUACAACCUUAAAGAUGAGAGAUGGCUGGAGAAGUGCUAUGGAAAGUGAUAAUUUCUUGGAGAAAAAAAGAGGUCAAAUGGCCUUUUUUUGUGAAUGUUAGAAGAUUUUAUUUUGUAUAAUGGAGAGAAUCGAGGGAAAGGUGCUUUUGGACUGUUUAACGGUUGGCUCCAGUGGAAACGCUUGGGCUGGGCUCCAAGUCAUUUUCUUGAAUUUUUUAUUAUUUUUUGAAUGAUAAACAGGUGUCCUACAUUCCUAACCACUUAAAAAAAGAAAAUGAAAUGAAUAUAGACACUAAAUACUGACCUUGUGGUUUGCACUUCAAUUUUGAGAUUACAUUGUUGCCAGCAAAAUGAUUUGUAGAUGCACUAUUAAUAACUUGUUCCUUUUGCAAAUAAUGUAGAGUUAAAAGUGUGCAAUAUUUUUAUGCGACAUAACAUAUAUUGCUUACAAAAGAAAACCAAAUUGCUGAAGAGAAGAGAAAGCACAAGUUCCCAGCUUUUAUAUGAAAAGAGAUAAUUUAUUUUUAUUGACAUGUUUAUUUUAUAUGUGGCCUGUUUAUGCACUUGUAAUACUUUCCCUUGCCCUGACAACUGACAAUCAUUCACAUUCCAUGUAUCAGCUUUUACAUUCACACCAGUAACAAAAGCAUUAUCGGCAUCCAAUAACCACAGCUACUAAUAAUGCAAGUCGUUUGACCUGUAUUGUACUCUUACUGCUCUUAAUAAGCUGGACAACUGGAGGGAAAAUUCUCCCAUCGGCCGCAGCCACCGAAUUUAACUCGGACACUUGGCUUGACUGCUGUGUACAGGAAAGCUGACGGAAAGUUAUUUUAUUCCUGAAUGUUAGAGAAAUGUUUUUGAAUGUUGUUGAUGGUGACUUUAACGCAUCGGCAGUCGCUCAUUUGGCUCAAUACGGUGUUGGUGUGCACAUGAAAAUCACAGAUGAAAUGGUCCCCUGUCCUGUCUGUGGUUGGAUGAGAGACCACACCUCUCCGUCCUGAUCCAAUAGGCAUGACUGCUAACAUGCUGAAACCAAUCACUCUGAAUCUGAAUCACUCUGGAAGGCUUUGAGUUUGCUUCACAGAACAGUUCUCAUGUACUACAACUGUCCUCGGUCCUUUUAAUGAGAAAAAGGCAAGACAAAUAAAGUUGAACUGCUGCUGACUAUGA